AAAAAAAACAUUCUAACGAACGGAUUGCUCAGAAGUGGUUGUAUCGUCCAGGCUCGCCUCACCGAUCGGUAUUUCAUGUGCUGGACUAACUAUUUACAUUGUGACCAGAUCUAUUAAUAUACCAGAAUGGGGAAAAAACGAAUUUCGGACCAAAAACUGAUAGACAUUGCAACGGACAUCGGAAAUGGGGAUCAUGUCAUGAAGCUUGCCAUUAAACUUGGUGUGUCGGCAGCUGAUGCAAAAAAUGCCAAUUUGGACUGCAACACGAUUCUACAAAAAGCAAUGGGUGCUACUGCUAUCAAAGAUCAGAAGGACAAACUUAGAGAUGGACUCAUUAAGAGUGGUCAAAGGGCCACAGCUGAUAAACAUCUACCCUCGCGUACUCCUGGUAGGAAGGCUGAAUCGAAUACGGAAUUGACACCCAAGCAGAGGAAGAGAGAAGUAGAUGAUAAAACUCCAAAUAAGUCUCCCACUGCGAAGAAACCUAAGGGCUUGUCUAAACUUCAAGAAGCAGAACAAAAAUGGGAAAAGGCAAAAAAAGACGUGAAAGAGGAAGAUACAAAAGUGAAAGUUUUGCAGAAAAAUUUGCAGGACGCAUUAAAAAGGCUUGACCAUAAAAAUAAAGAAGAAAGGAAAAGAUCGAGCGUCGUAACAAAUUUGAAGCGGCAAGAAUAUGAUGAAGUGGCUAAACAGCAAGCAAAACGAAAACAAGAGUUGGAUAAACUUGAGUCCUUUGAAGGAACCUCUUAGUAUCCCCAAUCGAUACUAAUUCUAAAAAUCGGUACAGCAAGUGAAGAGUGAAAUAAGUUCUAGUUUGCUUAAAUUUGAAAGGCCCCCUCCUAAAACACACAGUACCAUCCAAUAUGGCAAGGCUGUUAUCUUCCACACCGAAUCAUUCCUUGUUGGAAGGUUGAGCCUGGGUUUCAAAAAAAAAAACUGGGGCACUUUACAAGGAUGAAGCCUUAAUAUUUGUUUUAUUAUGUUUCAUGUGGAAAUGUCGAUUUUAAUUUAAUACCGGACAUUACCACGAUUUCGAGCUGGGUCAUAUCAAAAGACUUAAUUAUCGUUGUUCGUUUCCCUUUCGAGUGAAGAUUCAGAUCAUGAUAUGUUUCGAAGUUUCUUCGAUACCCAUCAAUCUUUAAACAGCACUCACAUCGUUGUACUAAAUGUUGAAUUGAAGAGACAAUUAUUUAAAAGAGCAGCCUUAAUAUUAAUUACUUAGCUUUGAAAGAAAUUAAAAAACAAGAUACGUGCAACUGAGUUUCCUAAAUGCCUCUGCCCUAAAUUCAAUAUAGGAAAUGGAUAGACAUAAUCACGAUAAAAACAAAAAUCCUAUGAUCAAAUGUCAAACGACGACAUUGAUCGUGACGCAUUAGCCUAUUAAAUCUUAUGAAAUUGUCUUCCCAGGGUGGUCCAUACUAUUUUAGAUUUUGACGUUCAUAACUCAAGUGGUUCUUGAGAUAUCGCGAUAAAGAAAAAGCGGGAAGGACGGACGUACGUACAGAUGGACGGACGAACGGACUGACAACCGGAAAACAUUAAAUUGAAUCUAAAUUCAUUAGUAGGCAGGAGUAGGAGUGAUUAUUUUUCCUCUUAUACCCACCUUUAGUUAUCCUUGUUUGGGAUUACAAUCGAUAUGCAGUUUUAAUGGUACAUAACAAAUUUAAUAUUUCUGGAUUAUGUGCUCAAAAGCUGAUGAUAACUGGCUCCGAUGGAAAGAGGUCGUAUAUAUCGUUACAGAAUGUCAAAAAUGAUGCAGUCUAAGGAUAUAUUAAAGGUUAAAGGUUAACCUAAUUUCUGUUCCGUCACAGUGAUCACGACAUAGUGAAGAUGAUGAUAAAUUCUAAAGUGAUGUCAAUUAUAAUUUGCGUACAGAAAUUUGUUUCAUGAUAAUAAAAAGACGAUUUAAUAAACAAAGAGUGAGCAGGAAAAACUUAGUAAAUUCAACUGGAGGCAAGGAAACCAAAUCAUCUUGAAAACCCUAUCGUUCAUUAAAUAGAAAUCAUUUUGGCAUUAAUCCAUACGUCAUUGUCAUGUUUGAAUAUUUAAUACGAGAUGCAGAAGUCUAAUGAAAUUGCGUAAGGUUGAUUUUCGAAUGCAGUUGCGAUGGUAUCCAUGGGAUUUAUUAAUAUAAAAGUGUACUUGUAUUGUUUUCCUUUUUUAUGUUAUGGGAAUGUUAAGUUUCAUAGUAUUCUAAUUAAAAAUGUAUAUUUAGCAACAAGAGCGGUUACAUCAAAAUUGUUUGACUUGCUUUGCAUACGUGUAGCGUAAUUCGUUUCACUUCUAAAUCAAAUGAAUUUGUCUGAAUAAGAAAAAUUCUAAUCGUACCCGGAUACGAGAAUUUAAAGGAAACCGAACCCCAAGAAAUAACUUAACUUAUUCUAAGAGAUUUAUUAUAUUAUUGCCCAUUAAUCUACAAGAUUCCCCGCCAAAGUGUAUGAGAGAGGUAUAGAGCAAGAAUAAUGUGCAUUUUCUCAGCACGACAUGGGUAUCGCCAUUUUCUUGAUUACGUGACGUACUAUGCGAAGUCGUUUAGCAAGUAAAUGUAUUCAAAUUUAUGGAGGCUUCCU